UCUACUAUGGUAUAAACAUGACAUAGUGGAAAUUUUAAUAACGUUAAGGUUUUCAAAAGCAGCUUCAUACAAAAACACUAAGUGUGAGCACCCUCCUAACAGACAGGGGGCAGACGUUUCGUUUGAGAAGACGGAAAUGAACCCAGCAGAAACGGAAGUUAGUUAAGUGUCAACAACCUGAAUUUACAACUUCAGCGAAACUUCGCAGUGUUCUGAUACACUAGUUUUUGUGCAAUUUAUAUAUAACAUUUGGCCGCUUUAGAAGUUAUUGGUGCAUUAUGGAGGACGUUAUCUCCCAUCCGCCGUGGGAGCGGUGUGUUUUUGCCCUCAAAGUCGGUGGCUAGAUAAACAGUUUGUGGAAGCUAAGUUGGCUAACGUUAUCUGUCAGCUGACUCGUUUUGACAGCAAACCUUCUCCUAAUAUGCUCCGACGUUACUUGGUGCUGGCUUUAAACAGGCUUGUUGAUGUAACCACGCUGUGUGUAAGCUGGCGUUGACUCGUCCAGGUGUUUAAUUAGCAGCGCAGAUAAGGUGACCAUAGAACUUGGCUCGCAAUGUUCCCGCAGCUGCUUCCACCUUUCAACUAGCUGCCUCCCCUCCUCUGCUUUUCUCUCCUCCGUCGCCCUCCGAUGGCUCACUGCGUCCCGUCCGAGCCAACCUCCAAGGUUCAGGCUCCAGAAAGUAUCCCGUCCCAGGUCAGCGUGGACCAGAGCAUGAGGCCGGUGCUGUUUGAGAUUUUCGGCGAGAUCUGGACCGUUCAGUCCCGGCUCGGUCAAGGUGUGUCGGCCUCGGUUUACCAAGUCAGCUCCGGCAGAGCUGCCACGGCCGCAGUGAAGGAGUUCCAGGGCGACUCGCAGGGAGGGGACUAUGGCUAUCACAAAGAGAGGGCCGUGCUGGAGGACAUCCAGGGGCAUAAGAACAUCGUCACACUGUAUGGCGUGUUCACCAACCACAACUGUGUGGGGGUGGCUACGCGCUGCCUCCUGCUGGAGCUCCUGGAUGUCAGCUUAUCGGAGCUGCUGGUGAGGCGCAGCAAUGGAGUCAAGGGUGUAAGACCCCAGAAGGGCCACUCCAUGUGGCUGGUACAGCACUGUGCCAGAGACAUCCUGGAGGCUCUUGCCUUCCUUCACAGGGAAGGCUACGUCCACGCUGACCUCAAACCACGCAACAUCCUGUGGAGUGCCGACGACGAGUGCUUCAAGCUCAUCGACUUCGGGCUGAGCUUCAAACAGGGAAACCAGGAUGUGAAGUACAUCCAGACGGAUGGGUAUCGAGCCCCGGAAGCCGAGCUCCAGAACAGCCUGGCACAGGCUGGGAUGGAGGGAGACUCCGGCUGCACAGCUGCCAUCGACCUGUGGAGCCUGGGCGUCAUCCUGCUGGAGAUGUUCUCAGGAAUCAAACUGAAAGACACCGUCCGCUCACAGGACUGGAAGGACAACAGCGUUGCCGUCGUCAACCGCAUCUUUGCCAGUAAUGGCGUGAUGUGCCCUGCCAUCCCAGUCUAUCACCUCAGAGACCUUAUUAAAAGCAUGCUGCUCAACAACCCAAAGCAGAGAUGCACAGCUGAAGCUGCCCUGCUCAACCCGUUCUUCAGUAUCCCCUUCGCCCCUCACAUAGAGGAUCUGGUUCUACUGCCUUCCCCUGUUCUCCGUCUGCUUAACCUGAUUGACGACAGCCACCUGCACAAUGACGAAGAGUAUGAAGACAUACUGGAGGACAUGAAGGAGGAGUGCCAGAAGUACGGCUCAGUGGUUUCUCUGCUCAUUCCUAAGGAGAAUCCUGGAAAAGGGCAGGUGUUUGUGGAGUACGCCAACUCCAGCGACUCCAAAGAAGCCCAGCGGCUGCUGACCGGCCGAACCUUCGACGGGAGGUUUGUGGUGGCCACCUUCUACCCGCUGAGCGCCUACAAGAGAGGUUACCUGUACCAGACGGUGCAGUGAGGAUCAGUCUGCUCCUCCAUCCGCCUCAUUUAAAGAACAGCGCUGUGUUUUGGCCUACAUCCCGUAUACUGAUACUUUCAACACCUGGAUGCAGAUGCAGACAUUAGAUUAUCAAGCUUCUCCUGUAGGGGAAUUGCUAUAUUAAUUCUACUUUUAAGGAAAUAAGUUAAAGUUGGAGUCCUUCUGACAACACAUUUACAUUUCUAAGAUGAGUUUACAAUCAUAUUUAUGCAGCAAUUAGAAGCAAAAAUCAAGACUUUGUUCCCGUUUAACACCGCUGCGAUGCUUAUAGGCUUAAUCUGCAUGUCUUGGUCAUUGCUGAAGUUUUACGAAGCGCAUAAGAGAUGGGUUGUUUAAAAUGCAGCAACUGCUUUGCUGAAAGGCAUGUUGCUCAGCAUUGUUUCCAUGCAGAGCAGCAGCUGAAACUAGCUGUGAUGUUUGGUGUGCAGACACCCUCCCAGUGCUUCACUGUGAAAACAUCCGACUCGUCUGAUGACUCUACUGGAACAUUAGCAGUCUGCUGCAGGAGAAGCUGCGCUCCGUUGCCUUUGAAUAGUGCAGUAUGAGUGGCUAAUGAAAACCCAUUUGACGUUGUGUGUCAGGGAUGUAAUUUGUUCUGUGUAUCAAGUGAUUUAGAUGUUUUAGAUCUUCAAACUAUAUAAUCCUAAAGAGAAGCUGAAGGUUCACUGUGGUGAAAGCUAACAUGUGGUACUGUUGUUCCAGCAGUUUAUUUUUAUCUAUUUAUUUUGGGCUAUGUUAUGUAUUUUAAGGUGGAGGAAUGGUACUGAGGGAUAUACUGCCGCCCUGUGGCUAUAGGAAGCUGUCCUGUAGCCGUUGACGGAAUGUUUCCUCUGACUGAGCUUCCAUCCAGGAAAACUUCAUGUUUUCAUUGUAGCACUGAAAAUAUCACAAGAACUAUUACACAUCCUCAAUCCAGAGUUCAUAGGGAUACCGUUUGACUUCUCUACACUCAUGUACCGGAUAAGUGUAGAAAACUAUGGAAAAUAAUUUAGUUUUUUUUCCUCCCAUCAAACUUUUUUCCUAGUGUCAUCCUUCCUGUCCUCUUCCUCUCUUGUUCUGACUGAGCUAGCUUCCUAUGUCCUACUUUUUGACAUUCUUCCACUCUCUUUCUUUCUUUCCCAUUUCUUCUUUGUGUCCUUAUUUCCUUCCUUUCAUCCUGCCUUGAGUCCUUUCCUCCUCUUAGGUUCUUGUUCCUGCAGUAGCAAGAUGAAAAACCUCCCCACUUUAGAAACAUCCAUCCAUUUUUCAUACGUGUAUGUUCCAGAUAGCAUUGAGGGAAAGAAGGGCUACGUCAUGGGCAGGUUUCCAGUUCAUACCUCAAAAAAAGUAAAAUUUUAAUUUAAAUUUUAAAAUGAGCACAAGGAACAAAGAAGUUUUGGAGUCUGAGAAUGUCUAAUGUUUACACAAAGAUCAGGUAGGAACCCUGUAAAACAUUGAAGUUAGAAAUUACGCUUUUCUUCUAGUUCAGAAAAUGCUCUGACCAGAAGUAGAAAACGUCUCAUUACGGCAACCGGCAUUGCUGCCAGUUGGAAACGAAGCGUUGCUCCAGAUGCAGAUUUAAAGCGAACACAGUCAGCCACAGCAGAGAACCACCUGUAGCUCUCUUCAGACAUUUCUAUGUGACAUUGCUUUGGGACGAUGGAGUUUUUCUUCUUGGCACCACUUUUUAUUUUCUUCACUUUGUGGCACCUUUAAAUGUUCCUACAGAGGCUGCUGAAGUGACUGACUGCGAGGAAAAAAAGGAAUGUUUGACAAUCUCCUGGUGUGUUUGGUUAGUUUGUGCAAGAAGCAUUGGGUUGAUUUUUAACCCAGCUUUGUAGCAGUACUGUUCUGCAGAAAAAUGUGCUUGAAAUAUCAACAGAAAGUUUAGAUUUUUUUUUUUCAAGAUGUCAAAUAGAAAGUUUUUUUUCCUCUGUAUUUUCCAUCUUUACUGCUUCAAGCAGAUCACCCUGGGCGACAGAAAGCUGGAAAUUUUUGCAAUGUUAUGGACUUACUGUUGUAGAAUAAGCAAUUAUGAAACUCCUGGUUCAUCUUCCAAUUUAUGACCAGAUGUAGAGGUUCAGUACCCAAAAAUUGUACUCAAGUAAAACAUAUCCAUCCAAGAAAUUACUCGACAUUAGUAUUAAAAAGGCGACUCAAGUACUUCAGUAACUGAUGAGAACAUUAAUAUAUAUUUUAAAUGACAUCAUCAGACAAACAAAACAAAGUUAUGUGCAUUUUUUUUAGCAUUCUGAAAAACCAAAAUGAAAAGAAUUGAUGCAAAUUAAUUACAUAAUUACAAAAUAACAAUUUAAGGAAGAACAAAUGCUUUUCCAAAUACCUUUAAAAAAACAUAUUAAACUAAUAUAGUAAGUUAUCUCUCUUUACAUAUGUCAGAAUAAGGUAAAAUACUUCCAGUGACAAUGUAUAGUGUUUACUGUCUUUGUUUUUCCAUCUGUAAUUAUCUCAUCAGAUAAAAAAUGAUCAUCAGAACAACAAAGCUGAUGAACAAGAAGUGAGACCUCUUCAAACAAGAGCUCUCAUUUCAUCAUAAAAUGUAGCUGUGUCUCUAUCAGGUACUUUUUUGGUUAAAACAUGUUUGUUCUUCAUUCAGUGAAGUUACUCGCAGUUUGUUGAAUACCCAGUUCUGUUUAAGUAAGAGCAAUGAUACUUCAUAGUAACUAUACUCAAGUAAAAGUAAAAAUUGAGGUAUACUAAAACUAUUACUAAAAGCUAAUUUUUUUCUAAAAAGUUACUCAAGUAAAUCUGAGUAAAAGUAGUUCUUACUGCCCAGCUCUCAUAGGAUUACGUUAUGCACAAUUAUUAUACUAUCACAAGUGCCAUUUAAAAUGCUGCUGUAACGACAGGAAAUAGGUAGAGUACAUUUGCCUUUUAAACAUUACACACAAACAAACACACAAACUACACAUUCUAAUUGAAUAAUUAGUUUGAUUAAAGACAAAAAGAAUCCGUAGAAUGUUGAAAUGAAUGAAUCUACCCCAUUACCACUUAUGUGUCCUUUGCCUUAAAGACAAACUCCGUUUAAUCUCCAUUAUUGCUGCUAGACAAUAACAAUUUAUUGCAACCUAUUUUAUAAAAAUUCAUUUGCUUUUUACAUGCCACGAAUGUCAAUUAGUUCAUAAGGUUUAUUUCUAUAUUAUAUAAACAAAUGGAGAUGUGAUAUUUUAGUUAGAGCAGAUCCACAUUUCAUAUGUAACUUAAGUGAUGUUGGAUGGCUUUUCCAUUUGUUAUUUGCUAUAAAUAGGCUGAAAAGUUAAAGCACUGAUUAUGCUUAACUAUUAAAUCUUCCCUGGUUAGCAUUGCUAACAAAUAAGCACUAUGCUAUUGACCGGAAUUGAACAAUUCUGCAAAAGUCAAAAAGCAACCUUUUUGUUACUAAGAGACACUUCACCUGUAAAUUGACUAAAACAGACAGAAUGUGGGUUUGAAUGGGCAACCCGCCGGUUUCAGGACGAACCUCUACCUCCUGAGCCACCGCCGCCCCUAAAUAGAUUUUGUUCAAUAGAAGAUGUUGUGAAGUCUAUAUGUAAUGGGAAAAGUGCAGUUUUGGUGUCAAGAUGGUUCCUCUCAAAUAUUAUGUGCCUGAAGAAAAGUUAAUACCUGUUUUCUCACAAAGCAGUGUUUAGACUAAAAAUCUUUGUGUAGCUUGAAAUGAAUUUUCAGUGAAGUACAGUUUGCACCAGCCUGAAAACUGCAACCUCAUGGAACGUUUUCUUUCAUUCUUUGCCUCGUACCUUGUCACAUAUCUGACACAGAAGUUUUUUCCCUUUUUAAAUGUUAUAGUCUUCCAUUUAAAGAGGAGGUGCAGUCAGUCCUGAAAAGCUGGUGGUAUGCCAGUCUUGGUUGUUUCCCUUUUUCAACACACCUGAAUCAAAUGAUGGAUCAUUAGCAGAACAUUGUCACACUGAGUUAGUUGGAGCAUUUGAAUCAGCUGUUUUGGAAUGGAGACACAUCUGACUGGCAGGACACGAAACCUUAAUUAGUAAAGCUGGACACCCAAGACUUUAUAGUACUUCAACUAAUUUAGGAUAAUUGUAGAUAUAAAACUUCAGAAUUUUUUUCCUUAGAAAAUCAUGCAAUUAUUACCAACAAAUACUUUUAGAUCAAAAUGACCUCUGACCUUAGGUGUAGUCUCCCUGCUGCAAAUAUCCAUUCAUUAUUCUAAUUCAUUUAAUUUCAAACAGACUUUAUUAAUCACAAAAGGGAACUUUAAUGUUUUAACUCAUGUUAUCUUAGUUUCUUCAAAAACUUGAUGUAGAUGCUGAUGGUUGUGAGCCGUAAGGAUUUCCUGUAGCUAUCUGCAUCAUAGCAGCUUACUGAUUGAAGACACCUUGUGGUCACAUUAAAAGCAGAGGCAAUGUCACAUGGUGUGUGUGACAGUGCAUUCAUAGUAAAACAGGGUUAUACCAUUUUAAAAUGUCAAAAGUGAUUACAGAGCUGCCAUUUAAACUUUCUGUAAUAUAUUAGCAACUAAGCAUGGCUACAUUAAGUAACAGCACUAAUGGGUUGUAUUAUCUAGAGAAUGUAGAUCUUUACCUUGCCUCAUAGAUUUCUAAGAAGUAUUCUUGCUUCCUGUUGUUGAACGCCUGACUUUCUCUCGCUGUCUUGCAGCCUAAAUGAGUAGCAGACAUGUAGCGACAUGUUUUAGCCAAUAUUUUAACUAGCUUCCUACAUUUUCCUCACCUGCAAAUGGCAAACUUUGAGUCUCCUUCACUCAAUAACAGCACCCACAUUAAAGAGUGGUGAUGCCAGCAGGACUUGGACAUGAAAAUAUUACAGGGAGAGAACAAAGUGAACAGCCCCGUCAUAUUCUUCAUUAGAAGAGCUGACUGCUAUACAUAACUCUUUAAGGAAGGUUUAGGCUGUGUGAAGACCACACACACUGCGAUAUCGGACCAAGACAAUCCAGUGUGUUCAAUAUAUCGACUUUAGGUCAUGAAGUCCUUCUGAGCGGACGAGAUCAUUCUUAACACACCAAACAUGGCAUUAAUAUCCCUUAUGACUAUAAGACAUAUCACAAUAAUCAAGUGUCCUUAAGAUUGUGGAAAGGGGGAAGUGGGGACAAAAUUCAGCAUAAAAAGUUUGUCAUGUGAACUAGGCGUUCGUUGACAGAGCAAACACAAGAUCUUUUCUAUCACAGGAAGUAGCCAACCCUUAUAUUGACGUGCCCUUACUUAGGUGAAAAAUUUUGGAUAAGUUUUGACUCAUCUGGAGAUGCUGGGAUACAAAAUCUCCAGGUCUAGCAGAGGCUAAGUGUUGCAAGUUUGCAGAUAUGCCGCCAAGAAUUGCUCAAACGCUUUGAAGUUUUGAAAGUUUACUUACAUUCAAGUUGGGGGAGCCUCUGAGAAAUUGCUCAUGCUGGCUACUUCACCAGUUUACAGUUUUCCAAGUGUUGGUUGACAUCCCACCCUGCAGGCUUUGGAUGUGUUUAAAGUCGUUAGUAGGUUUGCACACAAACACUAAGCCACGGUAAUUCAGUGGCACAGCACUGAAGCAAAGGGAUAAAAUCACUCAAAAAUCUAACUAACCCUUAAUGUGAAGCUUUUGUUUAAAGAUUGAGUAUGAGAACUAGGGACAUCUAGUGGCUUAAUUUUUAUAUUCCAGCAAAUGCUGGAUGCUUCCUACUCCUUGUGUGUGUGGGAAAGGUGUUUUUUGUUGAAAGAAAAUGCAAAAUGUUGACAAGUUUGUCUUGGGCCUCUGUAAAAAUGGCAGCCCAGUCACUAUGCAUUAAAAACAAUAUAAUAGUGAUUAUUAAAAGAGUUUUCUGCUCAUUUAACAGCAGCCUAAAAGGCUGGAUCUGGUAAACCUGGUAGCUUUAGGCAUGUCUUGAUUUUUCUCUUCCUUUGCUUGAUGUGUUUGGAUUAACAAUGUCAAAAUCCAACUUCACAAGUUCUGGUGUUUCAGACCCUAAAUGAAAAAAUGAGCAACAAAAGACGCUACAUUAGCAUGGAGAUCCCUCCUCCACAGUUUUCAGACUGUCUGGAAUGAGAUCCAUUCUGUCACAUAUCCUUUCUUUGUGAAAGGCAAAAAUAUUCUCUAUAAUGUUUAGUUGUCCCCUCCUCAUGUUUUCUACUCAGAAAACCUAUUAAAAAAAUGCACACAGUCUGGUUCAGACAUCAACAUGUCUGUAUCUUCCAGGCUCUAACCCAGCACUGCAUCGUUUAGUUUACUUCUAUGUACUGCUAACACUGGGCAUGUGGAAGGCAAAGACAUAGUGAAUACAGGCUGUUAAGUCUUUGUCCAUUAGUUGGACAUUGUGUUGAAAAAAGAUUUUCACAUUUUUGCACUUUGUUCCGACUUUAUGUGAAAUCCCAACACAAAGUAGCGCACAACCAUGAAGAACUACUUUGUACUUUUACUUAACUUGGCCAUUGCCUUCCCGUGCAAUUCCACUUGAUUUUCAUCUCCCUUUGGUGCUCCGUCUGGGAUUUCUCCAGUUGAAAUUUAACCAAACUAAUCGGCAAAGGAGAAGUUGUGAACGAUGAUAUAGAUUUACUGCGCUGUUUUAGUAUUGUUGUCUGGCAACACAGGGUUGUAGUUUGACAAUGUUGGUACAGCAAGUGAAUGAAGCCGCUCAGUCUGUGUUGGCCACGCCUCCAUAUAUUGAGCAACUGAAGUCGGAGCAACAUAGAGUCAAGGACAUUUUAUUGCUGGAAAAGAUCUUGUGGCCUGACUCUUCACUGGGUUGUUUACAGCACAUAUAACGUCCUGUAAGCUUCGUAAAGUUGGCCAUUACUUAUGCCAUGGAUAAACGUUAACAACUGGGUAAAAUCAGAUAAAUUAUUUAAAACUUCAAGAGUCCACAUCUCCAGCAAGCAAUUGUUUCUCAAUACAGCUGAGACCCAAAAGCGUAGAACAAGAGGCUGGACACAACAACCUGCCUUUUACUGCCCUUCACCUUUCAGGGUGUGCCUCAAGCCUUGCCAUCCAUGGUUAAUUGAUUGGAUUUGUAAGACUGCACUUUGACUUGGCCAUUCUGCUUUGAUCUAAACCAGGCAUGAACAAUCCUAGUCUCCAAGGACCAAGAGAAACUUCUCUGAUUCCAGAUCACAGGAACAUCUAAGUAGCAGCUUCCUGUAGAUGAGAAGUCAGCUGUUUGAUUGGCUGGUGGAGGAGGGACACUACCUUACACCAGGUGCCAUUAUGCACUGGUUUGUUCUGAUCUGUCACAUAAAACCCCAAUCCCUCAUUAAGGUUGUGCAGUUGAUGGUUUGUUUACUUUAACCUGUGUAGUGUUUUGUGGAGACAGUUUUUCUAGGUUUCAGUUGCAGAGUUGUGCAUGGUAUUCCUUAGUCAGCAGAUACAAAGUGAAAUUUGUGUGUGUGAAGUGGAGAAUGCUGCAAACCUUUUAUUUCUAGCAUCCAGGCUUAUCUCCUACACGCACAAUAAGUGCAACUCGAUGAGAAUCCGAGCUCAUCUUGGACAGUUUUCAUUUUGGCCUUUAAAAUGUCUCACAGGAAGAAAGUUCUGCUCAGUCAAGAAUGCUGCCGAGACUGAUCAGCUGAAGGCCACGUAGAGCAGCAGUCUGGUUGUAGCUGGAGUUGUCCAGUUCCUGGACAGGUCUCAACUCUUUAUCUUUUUAUUUGGAUGUGAAGCAUAUCUGUGAAAUGAUAAAAAAUGAACCAUGCAGUGUUGCAUGGAAAAUGUUUCUCUUUUGUUUUCGAUGUGGCUUAAUUGUUUUUUUGUUUUUGUCAGACAGAAACCAAAGGAACUGUAGUCUAAAUUUUAAGGGAAGCAGAUUUGGUGACAGCGUCUUUAAAGGUCCUGCUUUGCACAGCCCUGAAAUGCCUUAAAAUGUCAGUAUUAAACCAAACCCACAGGCCCUGUUCUACAACGUGUCUGUUUUAUCUCGCUUCUUACAAACUAAUAUGUGAGAGAAAAGUAAAAAGCAGCAAAGCUCUAAGGGUCAACAAAGCUCUGAGCUGGAUCAAACCAAAACAUUAAGAAUUAAAGGUGAAAUUGCACAUUAUUGUUAGUGACUGUUAGCAAUUCAAAAAUGUCUGAACCAUUCUAGACAGUCAGAAGACAAUCUGUGGCCUUGGAAGUCUUCCUCACAGGCACUGUUUUGAUGAGGGGAGUAGUAGCCAUUUUUUCUCUUUAUUUUUCCUGAAAUGUCCCGCAGGUGAAAUGAUUGUUUCUUCAGGUUCUGCAACUUAAACAGAAGCACAGUGGACAAAGGCCACCAUACAUGCAACAUGUGUGAAACUUUGUGAGUUUAUCCAUGUUUUCCUGCCCUCCAUUUGUAUGAAUUGUUGCACUCAGGCUGUUUGAGAAAAUCACAAUAAAACUGUUAAUGUGAA